GCGACAUGGCGCGGCCGCGCGAGGCGCCCGCGCGCGCCGCGCCGCUGGACGAGGAGUCGCUGGAGCGCGCCUACCCCUCCAUGGCGCACCUCGAGUACGUCAACGCCGGCUCCUCGCCGCCCGCCGAGAGCGCGCCCAACAUGUACGACAGCUUCGAGGAGCCUCCCCUGGACCUAACUGCGCACAUCUGCGACGACUCGUUACGUCAGAGCGCGCACGAGCAGAUGCGCGCCGUCGGCGGACGUCUGCGAUUACUGGACGAGAUAGAGACGGGGGUCAUUACCGCAGAAUCCGCCGCUACCACUUUCUCGGCGGCCUCCGAGGCCGAGAGGAACGUCUGUCUGUUCUGGGCCGCCUUCCUGAAACUAGCUAACUUCCUGCAACCGCUGAUCGAGGUCGGCGCUGACCCUCUAUAUUUUGACGCCUUGGGUUUAUCGCCUCUACACGUAGCAGCCUUCAGUGGCUCUACUGAAUGUGCUAAUUUCCUGUUAUCAUGUGGCUCCGACCCUAACUACAUGCCGAGAUGCUUCGCCCCCCUUCAUUGUGCCGCGUUUGGUAACUCAGUGCAAGUGGCUAAUUUGUUAAUCAGUCGCGGUGCAUCGGUACACACCGCCGUCAAAUAUGUCAACUGUGAAGGUGGCCUGCUCCAUUGUGCGGUGCGAGCUAAUUCCGUGGAAUGUCUUAAGUUGUUUAUAUCCCACGGUGUCGACGUUAAUCAAAUCGAGCCGGGCGGCACUAACGCUAUACAUCUGGCCGCCGAUCUGGGAAUGUUCCAGUGUCUCACGAUCCUGCUGGAGACGCCCGGCGCUGACCCCAACGUCAGGACAAGAGUGGGCGACAGGGAGUCUACUGCCCUACACCUGGCUGCAGACGGUGGUUUCGUGGAUUGUGUUGAUCUGUUGCUAUCUAAAGGAGCUGAUGCCAGUCUGAAAAAUCAUCGAGGGUUCACUGCCUUACAUCUGGGAGCACGAUCAUCGAGCUUAGAAUGCGUCGAGUCUUUGUUAAGAAAAGGAAACGCCGAGCCAAAUGCCAACGACUUCGACAUGCGAACCCCUCUACACGCCGCUAUUGGCAAAUCUGACAGCGCUUGCGAUAUCAUUGAAACACUUAUAAGCUGGGGAGCGAACGUAAAUCAAAAAGAUGAAUAUGGUUUCACUCCGCUGCAUCUGGCGGCCCUCGACGGGCUGUCAGCGUGCGUGGAGACAUUAAUCUACCACGGUGCUGACGUCACUACGAGGUCUAAAAAAGGAAACUCGGCACUCAAUGUUAUUGCUAGAAAAACGCCGGCAUCAUUGGCGAUGGUAACUAGAAAAUUGGAUUGUGCGAUCACGCUGCGUCACUCGCAGACUAGCAAUAGAGAGGUAGAGCUAGAGCUAGACUUCCGUAGCAUCCUGCACCACUGCUACCCCCGAGAAAUAAGCUAUCUGAACACGUUCGUCGACGAGGGACAGAAGGAGGUCCUCCUUCACCCACUUUGUUCCGCCUUCUUGUACAUUAAAUGGGAGAAGAUACGUAAAUAUUAUGUCGCCAGACUAUUUCUAAGUUUUAUAUUUGUUUUAUGUCUAACAUUGUAUGUAUUGACUGCCCUGGCGCAUAAUUGUUAUAACGGAAGUAAGGAUAUGGAGGAAACUAUACAAGAGCAGGAAUUGUGUCAAAAACAGUCCAUCCUUGGAGAUUUGUUGAGAAAGAACCCAUUUGUAAUAGAAAUGCAGUGGUGGGUGUUAGCCGGCAUAACGAUAUUUGAGAUAUUUAGGAAAGUCUACGGUAUAGCAGGCUACUCAACUGUUAAACAAUAUUUGAUGCAAUCUGAGAAUAUUAUCGAAUGGUUCGUGAUCGUGAGCGUGUUUCUGAUAUCGUAUAUCUACACCAACAUAACGUACACUUGGCAGAACCACGUAGGCGCGUUUGCAGUGCUCGCCGGCUGGACCAACCUCAUGAUGAUGAUCGGCCAGCUGCCCGUGUUCGGGACCUACGUCGCCAUGUAUCAGAAGGUUCAGAAAGAGUUCGCUAAGCUACUAAUGGCAUACUCCUGUAUACUAAUCGGGUUCACUAUAAGUUUCUGCGUUAUAUUCCCCGACUCUUCCUCAUUCGCAAACCCUUUCAUGGGUUUUAUAACUGUCCUAACCAUGAUGAUAGGUGAACUAAAUUUGGAUUUGUUACUAAACGAGCCAGAUGGAAACGACCCUCCUGUCCUUCUAGAAUUCUCAGCACAAAUCACUUAUGUUCUAUUUUUAAUGUUCGUGACUGUUGUCCUUAUGAACCUGUUGGUUGGUAUAGCUGUUCACGACAUACAAGGAUUGAGAAAAACCGCAGGUCUAUCAAAGCUGGUCAGACAGACUAAAUUGAUAUCGUACAUGGAGCUGGCCUUGUUUAACGGUUACCUACCAAAAUGCCUGUUGAAAAUCUUGCAUUCGUCUGCACUGGUAUCCCCCCAAGCGUACCGCGUCGUCUUGAGCGUGAAACCUUUAAAUCCGAGCGAAAAACGUCUACCGCGAGAUAUAAUGAUGGCCGCUUACGACAUCGCAAAAAUGAGGAAACAGUACGGACACACAAUUUCAUCAAGUGGAUCUACAACUGGUGCGUAUUCGUGUUUCAAGAAGUACGAGAACAAUAACGACUCGGGGUACAGAGAGUAUGGCUACUCGUCAGGGCUGGGCAGCCUCCAGGCACGACUGGACGAGACAUCGGAAAACGUCAGGCAACUGACUCAGGAAGUAAGGGAAUUAAAGAAACUGAUAAACGCCCAGCAGCUUGUGUUACAGCAAGCGUUGUCCGGCGCGAUGGACCGUUGAUGAUAUAAUGGCUGUCGUUUACUUUCAAUGCCACUGUACACAAGUCAAUAAACCAUAGUGUGUAUUGUACCACUAUAGAGCUCGGCUUCAACGCGGACUUAAAUUCUUAUUGUGUGGUGAUAUUUAUUUUGUUUUACCUAGAAAACCCGCUAUUACACUGACAUACAUUUUACUUAGAGUAAUUAUUACUAUAAAGUUUGUUGUUGUACAUUUGGUGUAAUUAGGGUGUAGAAUUAGGGGAUUGAGUCAAGGGCUUUAUUCAUGCACAGUUGUAUUGCAAAACAUUCCAAUAUAAGGGCUGGUCCCGAAUAAGUCUAUUUAAUUUUAAAAAUGAUUUUCUUUUUUGCAUUUAGCCAUAUUAUUAUUAUUACAUAAAUCUGAGUUUAAUCUAACAUUAUAUCAAUACAUACCUAUAUCUCUUAAAUAUUUAAAACUGUAGCUGAAUGGAGUCUUGUAGGAGCAUUUUAUAUUGUUUGAUGCGAAAAGCACUGGACACUGUGAUUGUAGGUAUUACAUUGUAUUAUAGAUCAUAUUGUGAUAUUAAUCGUGUCAAUAAAAGUAUUUUUCAAUUUAAAA